AUGACUCUCAAUAUGUCACUCAUUUUCCUUCCUGUCGUUGCCAUCGCUUUCAUCGCACACCUGCUUCUACGCGCGUUGUUCUCCCCGCUUCGUCAUAUCCCCGGCCCGUUCUUAGCUCGCUUCACGGAUCUAUGGUAUUUCUGGAACGUCCGGAAAGGAUCUUUUGAAGAUGUAAACCUUGAUUUACACAAGAAAUAUGGGCCUAUCGUUCGGUAUGGACCCAACCGCUACAGCAUCAACGACCUUGAAGCUGCAAAAGUGAUCUACGGUCUCGGCAACCACUUCCCCAAGUCAUCAUGGUAUUCUACUUGGGCGAGUCCCGGAAAAUGGGCCAUUUUCAGUGAUCAGUCAAUUAAGCGGCAUUCUCAAAAUCGGAAAUUGUACCAAGCGACAUACGCCAUGUCUUCUCUUGUGCACUAUGAGCCCUUCGUUGAUGAAUGUGCCAAUCUCUUUACUCAGCGACUCUCGGAGAUGUCCACGUCGGGUUCCAGUUUGCCUGUGGAUAUGAGACAUUGGUUUCAAUGCUAUGCCUUUGAUGUCAUCGGGUUGAUCACUUAUGCGAAGAGACUCGGCUUUUUGGAUCGUGGCGAUGAUAUUCGUGGAGUCAUUCGGGCUUUGGAAGACCAUCUCGGCUACGCAACACUUUGCGGCAUCUUUCCCAGUCUUCAUCAAUAUCUCUUCCCAAUCAGGAACUAUCUAGCGGGGAGUGCCGGUACUGGGAGAGCUUAUGUGCUCAACUUUACCAAUGAGCGGAUCCGAGAAGCUCAGACAUCCCCAAAGCCUGUCGCCGCGGAGAGCGAGGUUGCUAUGGAAGAUUUCCUUACCAAAUUCCUCGCAAAGAAUGCAGCUGACCCCCAAGUGUUCACACAAUAUCAUGUCCUCAUGGGAUGUACUUCGAACAUGGUUGCUGGUUCCGAUACCACUGCCAUCAGUCUAUCGGCUGUUCUUUACUACCUGCUCAAGAAUCCCGUCUGUUUGGACAAGCUUAGAACUGAAAUAGACGCGGCAGAGCUGUCAAAGUCACCAACGUUCAAAGAGAGUCAGCAGAUGGUUUACCUCCAGGCCGUGAUCAAGGAAGCGUUACGAAUGCAUCCUGCUACGGGCUUGCCGCUUGAGAGAAUUGUGCCUGACGGCGGCGCCGAGAUUUGUGGGAGAUUCUUUCCCGAAGGCACUAUCGUUGGUAUCAACUGCUGGGUAGCACACAGAAACACCGAUGUGUUCGGCCAAGAUGCUGCUGUCUUCAACCCCGACAGGUGGCUCACAUCGGACAGCGAAAGGCUUUCUGCUAUGAACCGUUAUUUUAUGCCAUUCGGACUUGGCUCGCGAACCUGCAUCGGUCGCCACGUCUCCAUGCUCGAGAUGUCCAAACUUAUCCCGCGCAUCAUCCGAGACUUCGAUUUCGAGCUUGAUGGAUCACUUCAAGGAGGCGAUUGGCAUACCAACAACUACUGGUUUGUCAAGCCUUUAGACUUCCAAGUACGGGUUUCUAUCCGCCAGUCAGAGAAGAUGGCGUAG